AUGUCCCAGGCGGAGGACGCGGGGCCGUGUGCCAGGGCACAGUGGCACAGCCCGAGCCGGGGCAGCCAGCGCCUCGAGUGCAUCAUCUGCUACUGCUCCUACGACCUGAGCGGCCGCCUGCCGCGGCGGCUCUACUGCGGCCACACCUUCUGCCAAGCCUGCCUGAAGCGCCUGGACGCGGUGGCCAACGAGCAGCGCUGGGUGCCCUGCCCGCAGUGCCGCCAGAACACCCCCACGCCCCGCGGCGGGGUGGCCAUGCUGGACCUCGACCUGCCUACCUUCCUGGCCGUCAAGGCUGACAAGGAGCAGCCGCGGCUGGCCGCCAGGGCCCAGCCCGAGCCGGCCACCAAGGGCUGCUGCAAAGACAAGGCGGUCACGCAGCAGCCGCGGGGGCUGUGCCAAGACGUGGUGCCCCCAGCGUCGCUGCCCGGCCGCGGGUGCUGCCGGCCGUGCCUGUGCUGCGGGGUGACAGCUGCCUUCGAGGGCUGA